AUGGACUAUUUUGGGGACAGAGGAUCUGAAGCCACUUUCUUUAUCUUCUCAAAGACAAUUACGAUUCAGCAGGUAGCGCUUCCUGUAUUGGGAAUUCUUGCAGCUGCUUCUAUUACCUUCUAUGCCAUGAGCUUCGCCGAGCUUAGAGAGAAAUCUUUUAGAGACUUGGAAGAGUCUACUGGUAAUGGAGGUUUCGAGUCAUCCAUGAGCUCUAGAAAAAGGCGGGCAAGGAGGACGGCUGAUAAAGACGCCAAGCCUUAGAAGAUCCAAUUCAAUUCCUCUGGUAAUAGCAGGCAUCAUCUCAUCCGUGUGUUGUUUAAUCAUUUCCUACAAUGGGGGUAGUACCCCCCUUUUUUUUAGUAAACAGAGGAUUUGAGUUGUAGCUGGACAAAAUUGCCCCCGAAAAUUGCCAC